AACGCGUGGUCUGAAACGAGCUACAGUCGCCGUCAGCGCAUCACCGCGGGCGCAUCUUAGAAUCACACACGAGAUAGGAUUCUGACAUCCGUUAGUUAUAAAGUUCGUAGUUAGAUCGCGUUGUGAAAUAGCGGCGGUCUUUUCGACUGGCUGGAGGAUCGGUAAUCAUAUUUCAGCGCCGGCGCCGUUCAGCUUAAAAGUCGGUACUCCUGAAAAGCAACGUCAAUAUUACUUUAUUUCUUCGGGAUCGUGUUUUGGUUUUUGAUUUUAACGUCUCACUAGCGCUAUAAAGUUUUACCAAAGUCGACGUUAAGGUCGUUUGUUUGUUGAUGUUGGCGUUUACUCGAAACUUUUGCUUCACAAACUAGUCCUCCUAAAACGUGCCGUUUUCCCAUCAUUCGUUGGGAUCGCGUAUUAGUUUCGGGCGGACGUAUUCAAAACUUUUGUCCUCCUAAACAUUCCUUCUCAGCGGUCAAUACUAAAUUCCUUCGGGAGUGUGCGUUGAUUCCGGACAAUUUAAGCAAGUGAACGUUAUGGUGGAAAGUAUGGUGAUCGCGGAGGGUAAAGAUGAGGACGGGCGGGCGCGGUGGUUGCGGCGACUGGAGCGGCGAGUGCCGGGCAUCGCGUGGGCGCGCCGAUACGACCGCGUGACGGCCGCGGGGGACGCGGUGGCGGGCGUCACGUUAGGACUCACGCUGGUGCCGCAGAGCAUCGCCUACGCCGCGCUCGCGGAGCUGCCCGUGCAGGUCGGCCUCUACACCUCCUUCAUGGGCGCUUUAAUCUACAGCGUGCUGGGCACCGUGAAGGAGGUGUCCAUCGGGCCCACCAGCCUGAUGGCGCUGCUGACGCUGCAGGCCUGCCGCGGUCUGCCGCUGCAGUACGUCGUGCUGCUCACCUUCGUCGCCGGCGCCAUCGUGCUGCUCAUGGGCUUGCUCAGACUUGGUUUUCUGGUGGAUCUGAUAUCGUCGUCGGUGACGAGCGGGUUCACGUCGGCGACGGCGGUGCUGAUCGUGGCGUCGCAGCUGAAGGGCGCGCUGGGGCUCAGCUUCAGCGCGGACUCGGCGUGGGACAACCUGCGCGAGGUCUGCGCGCGCGCGCACCUCGUGCGGCUCAACGACUGCCUGCUGUCCGCCGUCUGUUGCACCGCGCUGCUACUACUCAGGAAAUUGAAAGACGUUCCCGCGAAGAACCCUCGUGUGCGUCGUACAUUAUGGCUGGUGUCGAUCGCUCGCAACGCUUUGGUAGUAGUGGGUGCCGCUACGUUCGCCUACUGCACGCGGGAUGCGUCGCUCGUGCGCACCUCCGGGCGAGUAGAGGGCGGCCUACCAACGUUCGCUCUGCCGGCGUGGAGCGUGACGCAGGGCAACACCACCGUACACCUGGGCGGCAUGCUGCAGCAGCUCGGGCCCUCGCUGGUGCUGCUGCCCGCCGUCAUGGUGGUGGCCAACGUCGCCAUCGCCAAGGCAUUCACGGUGGGCGGUCGCGUGGACGCGUCGCAGGAGAUGGUGACGCUGGGCGUGUGCAACAUGGCGGGGUCGCUGGCGGGCGCCAUGCCGGCGUGCGGCGCCUUCACGCGCGCCGCGCUCGCGCACGCGUCCGGAGCGCGCACGCCCGCCGCCGCGCUCCACACCGGAGCAAUAACGAUCCUAGCGCUGGCGUUCCUCACGGAGUACUUCUGCUACAUCCCCAAAGCGUGCCUCUCCUCCGUGCUCAUAUGCGCCGUGAUAUUUAUGAUCGACUACGAGACCGUGGUGCGUCUGUGGCGAUGGGAUCGUCGUGAGCUGGUGGUGGUGGGCACCACGUUCGUGGCGUCGGUGGUGUGGUCGGUGGAGGCGGGCGUGCUGUUCGGUGCUGCAGCCGCCCUGGUGCUGCUGCUGCUGCAGCUGCAUGCCGCGCCGCAGCAUCACCGCUGCAUACAGCAGGGCGGGGUAUCGGCCGUAGUAUGGCGGCCGGAGAAGGCGCUCGUGUUCUUCAACGCGGACCGCUGCGUCACCGCCGCGCGCCGCUCGCUCCGCGCGCACUGCAGCCGCGUGCUGGUGCUGGACUGCAGCACGCUCGCGCUACUCGACCACCCCGCUGUACAGAUAUUGCAACGCGUAUCUGACGAUCUGAAGACUGAAGGCGGUGCUCUGGUGGCCUUCAACGCGGCGCACCUGCAGAGAAACCUCGCGCCCCUACAACUACCCUCGGAAAUGCUACACACCACCACCCCUGAGCAAGCCCUGAACUACGCCAUAAAACCCGCCUCUACACCUGCCCCCGCCCCUGAGACAGCCCCGCUACUGGACACGGAGAAGCCAGACCCAAACCCCGCGUGACCAUCAACGUAACUCCUUCGCAAACAAAACAAAACUUUACUACAAAUCGUGAUAUUCGAAAUGAAAACUUUGCCUGACACCUGGACCGAGUAGAUUUUUUUCUAGGAAAACUUUCUUCAUCCUGAUAAAUCGAGCAGUUUUUAUUACUUAAAUUUAAAUAAUAUAAUAACUUAAAUAUCGUUGGUUAUAGUGGGAUAAAGUCCACUGGUGUACUUUUCUUACUUUUCUUGUGUCACAUUGAAACUUCAUUUUUAAAUGGAAUUGCGAAAAAAUCUCUAAUGCUAUAAAUUAUGCGAUCACUAUAAUAUUUAUCAGAUUCUUACUUUUAUCCAGGUUUAAUAAAAUGUUGGAAAGAUUUGUAAAUAAUUAAUAUUUGUAAAUAUAUAAUUUAUAUACAAAUGUUUUUAAAUUUAACCUAUACAUACUUCGGUACAGCCGAACUCUUU